AUGGGUGUCGUGCCGGCAGACUUUGAAAAGAGGGGGAAGCUAAAUUCAUUGGUGAAUCGACUAGGUGGAGGUAACAUAGCUGGAUGUUCAACACAGCUGGCAACCGGCGAGCCAUUAAUGGCGCACAGUUGCCAGUGUAGAAACAUCGACGAUGCAGCAUAUUCAAACGAUCUUCUCGGCGUCUAUGAUGCUGCAUCAAAACAGCAACCACCACCACCACAACAACAUCACAAACAUCAUCAAACUGCUAACAAAAACAAUCCUGCCCGAUCUCCUUCACAUUUACCAGCCACUGUUUUUUUAUCUGACGGUGAACGGGACGCUUCCACACCGCCGAGUCGUUUGGUAUGCGAAGAAGAUCGAGAGCGUUGGGUUCGUGCGCCACCAAACUGCAACCCAUUCGAUGCUCAUGCCUCAUUCUCAUGUUCAUCAAUCUCAUGUCGCACGGCGCGAGAGGCUAGCGUUCAGGCAAUCUAUUCAGGACGAAGUCGCUUGAAUACGGCAACUGGUGUCGAAAGGCCAUCUUGUGGCCGUACAGGCAUCCAGCUGGGUUCGGGUUUAGCUAGUAGCCAGAGUAUGAAAAUGACACCAAACAGUUGCACGAACAACAGCAUCACCAAAAGGAUAUGCCAUAGUACCGAUUGUAGGCAACAUGUUGACGGGUGCUUCUCGUCUCGUACACGUUGGUCACCAUCGCUUGAUACCAGUCAAGAACGCAGAAGUUUGACUCAUCCUGUUGUUUAUGUGCCAGUACGGUUGGACAAUUGUAAUGCAAACAAACAGCACUCAUCAAUAUCACCACUUAAUGCAGUAUUAAUCAAGUCCUCUGAAUGUGAAUCGACAAUCCAUUCUGAACAAUCAUUAGCACCUAAUCAUUUUACAGUGCCAACAACAAUUUACUCUUGUCCACAUCCUGCCAGUUCAUCACCGUCUCUCGUCCGUAUCAGUGCCACACAAACCCUUCCAGAAUGGAACACAACCGCCCUACCAAUAGUAUUAACCAGGACAUGUAAAACACCUACUACUGCCAUUGCAAGUACGAAUGCUUCGUUUGCAGCAAGCACAGUGAAUAAGUGCAUCAGUCAGCAGUGCUCAGCGUCAUCAUUUUCGAUUUGUUGUAUGGCAUCCUCAUUGAGAACAAUCGCUAAUGAUGAUACCAAUUCGGGUCAAACCAUAACAUAG